AUGGUCUUCGGUAUCAAAUUCAUUGUUGACGUUGCCUCUGGUAAGAACGUCUUUCAAGCAGCCAGAGAAAGUCUCAACCCAUUUCCUCAAGUGACAGCUCCUAUCAACACUGUAAAAGACAUUGUGACAGGUCGAAAUGUCGUGGAAACGUUGGUGGAUCAUACCAUUCAAAUGGACCCUCUUCUAAGUACCGCUCAACAAGUUCUUAACCCAAAAAAAGGUCUCUCUGUCUUAAUUUAUGAUUCCACCAAUGAACAUGAAUCCACACGAGAUCAAUUUGCUUCAAUUUCUUGGGCUGUGGGUUCUUCCUUUUUUGAAGCUGUGAAUAAAUUCGAUCGUGUCAUUCGAGCAAAGAGUUGGGAUCAAGUCGUUCGAGAAUUGAAUCAAAUCGCAGACAGUGGUGAAUUGAUUCGAGAAGUUCAAUUUUGGGGCCACGGCUCACCAGGAAAGGUUUUUAUUGGGCAAGAUGAAUUGACAACAGAAGUAUUAGACACUCCUUCUUGGGUAUCUCUUUCUAAAAGAAAGAUCUUUCAUCAAAAUGCCUUGUGGUGGUUUAGAAGUUGUUCCACUUGCAACCGAAAUGAGGGAAGAAGUUUUGCAAAGAAAUUUGUCGACUUGUUUGGUGUGAGGAUGGGUGGUCAUACAGUGUUUAUUCAUGCCAUUCAUGCAGGUUUGGUGUGUUUGCGUCCAGGACAAGAACCUUCAUGGAGUGAUGAAGAUGGUACCUGGUGUUUGGCAACUGACAUGGGACAUCACUCACUCAAUUAA